UCAUUGUCUUUUCUUUGUUCUCGUUUGUGUCUUGUUGGUUUAUUCAACUGUUGUCUUGGACAUCUUUACUUAUGCUUCGAACAUUGCAUCAAAAGAGAACAUCAACUUCUUCCAUAUCUUCCACUGCAACCGACUCCAGAACUUCUAAACUGGACAGGUACGGCUCCAGUGUAGGAACAGAAGAUAUGGAACUACCACCAUUUGGUUCAUUACCUUCAUCUCAUACCAGGAAAACCAGUUUAUCUACUAUGGCAAAACAUUCCGACUCCAAAAAAAAGACACAAGAUAAACCCAUCCCUACUCGACCUGAUGACUUGAAAGUAGGUUCCAUACCAACCGAUGGAUUCCAUUACAAAGACCAACGAAAACAAGUUUUCCAACAACAUCAGCAACAAGAAGAAGACCUCAAUGACCUCCGCUAUAGUGCAAGUUUGCCUACUUCCAAUGCACUGUUGAAAAACAUGCAACGAAAAAUCACAAAAGAGUCUUCCAUCAAACCUUAUGAUGCUUCCAAAAUAGUGGUUUGUGUUAGAAAACGUCCUCUAAGCAAAAAAGAAAAGCUAAAAAGUGACCCCGAUGCUAUCAAAGCUGUGGAUAACACCGUUCAUGUGUUUGAGCCUAAACUGAAAGUAGAUUUGACAAAAUACACCGAAGUUCAUCCAUUCACGUUUGAUGUAGCCUUUGAUGAAAAUGCAAAGAAUCAAGAUGUCUAUAAUAGUUGUGCAAAACCAUUGGUUCAGGCAUUCUUUGAAGGAAGUAAGGUCACUUGUUUUGCAUAUGGACAAACAGGAGCUGGUAAAACUCAUACCAUGAUGGGAACUCCAGAAGAACCGGGUUUGUAUACUUUGGCUUUGCAGGAUAUAUUUCAAAUGAAACAAAAGAAAGAAUAUGCACAUCUCGGAGUGUAUAUCAGUUUCUUUGAAAUAUAUGGUUCUAAACUGUUUGACCUCUUAAACGGAAAGAAACGAGUGGAAUGCCGUGAAGAUGCCAAACAAAGAGUACGGAUAAUCGGAUUAGAAGAAAGACUUUGUGAGGAUCCCAACCAAGUAGCAAAGACAAUAGAAGAAGGCGGUAAAUGCCGUAGUACUGGAAGUACUGGAGCCAAUGCAGAUUCUUCUCGUUCUCAUGCUAUUUUAGAAAUUCAACUCAAAUAUAUGGAUGCUCAAACUGAAAACCCAAGUGAAUCCGACCCAUCUUCUGUCUAUGGAAAGUUAUCAUUCAUUGAUCUUGCUGGAAGUGAACGAGCUGCAGAUACUACUCACAGUGAUAGACAAACUCGUAUGGAAGGAGCUGAAAUCAACAAGAGUUUGUUGGCUCUUAAAGAAUGCAUCCGAGCACUUGGACAAAAUCAAUACCAUACUCCCUUUCGAGGAAGCAAAUUGACGUUGGUACUGAAAGAUUCUUUUAUCAGUGCCGAUUCUCGCACUGUGAUGAUAGCCAAUGUCUCUCCAGCAGCAUCCAAUUGUGAACAUACUUUGAAUACACUUCGAUAUGCUGAUCGUGUCAAAGAACUUCGAAAAGAUUCCCCUUCUCAUCGUCGUGCUAGUUCAACUGCUUCAUUUGCUUCCAUGGAUACUAGAACGACUGAAGUAAUGGAUCCCAUUCCAGAAGAUAAAGGGAAAAAAGUAACUCGUUCGGGUUCGAAUGAGACUCAAGAGUCCACAGAUUUUGAUAUAUUUCAAGAAGAAAUGGAAAGAGAUGAACAAGAUAAAUCUGAACGACAACAACAACAACAACAACAACAAGAAGAAGAAGAAGAAGAAGAAGCCAAGACUUCGUUUCGUUCAACGAGAAGUCGAAUUCCACCUCCUGCACCUUCUACUAGUUAUACCAGUCGCAGUAGCAAAUUAGCAUCUUCUUUGGCAUCUUCUUAUACCACCAUGGAUAGUGUUCGAAGUUUGAGAGAGUCUAAAAGAGUUGUUACUGACAGUUCUUCCAAAACAGCCAAGGAGACCAAACUCAGUUCUAUCUUUAGUACCGACUCUAAAUCGAAUGAGAAAGAAAAAACAACAACUUCUUCGAGAUCAACCAGACCCACCAGAACUAAUGACAAGACAAUAGAAAAGGAAACUCCUAUUGGAAGUGCAAAGUUUGGUUUCUUAUCUUCUCGCAUGAAACCUGGAACCACACCCACCACAAGUACUUUAGGAAGUAGCUUAUCCACAAAGAAUCAAGUACGCCCAAGUACUACACCAAGUAAGAAACAUUUAGAAAAGGGACUCUCUAAUAGCUUUAUGAUGGAUGAAGAUAACAGCAACUUACAAGGAGAAGAAGCCAUUCUUUCAGCACAUCGACAACAUAUCGAUGAAAUUAUGGAAUUGGUGAAACAUGAAAUGUCCCUGUUGAAAGCUGCUGAACGUCCAGAUGCUCCUUUUGAGGAAUACUUGGAAAGAUUGGAAAGAUAUUUGGAAAGAAAAUUAUCCACCAUUCGAAAGCUACGGGAUAAAAUAUUUGAUUAUCGUAACACUAUAUAGCCUUGUGUCUCUAUUUCAGAUUUAUUC